AUGAGAGAGUCAAGGCGAGGUAGUGAGCAGUCGGAGCAGGGUGGGGGAAUUUCACGCCGAAAGCAGGCCAAACCACGAGCAGUGAAACGUCAAGGCACCGACAAGGCCAAGAAAGCCGGUGCCGGGGCAACGACCAAGAGAGGAAGGGCGAAAGGUGGCUCUGGUCCAGAGCGCACCGCCCACUCUCCCAGCACCGCCUCGGGGUCUCUGAAGCCGGAGGGCAGUCCCCCUCCGCACGGCUCAGAAUACCCGGCCCGCACCGACACCGUGGAUUCCCCCACGACGGCUGGUGACGGCCUUUUGCGAGGUUUGAAGACCCACAAGGCACCCCCCCUCGCCAUAGGCUGUGGGGCGCUGGCCAUGGGGAGAAGGAUUAUGGGUGCGGAGUCGGGUACCUGGGACUCCCCCGGGAUACCCCACUCACAGGGCCCGCCCUCGUCUUCGGGUUUCACCCGUUGCUCGGGCAUCCCUGUCACUCAGGUUUCCUCAGAGAGAGCCUCGGAUUCGUCCCGUGAGCGGGUACCGAAUAAGCAGCAGAAGACCAGAAAAGACCGUCAUCUUCGGUCGUCUGACGACUCCUCACCUGACUGCCAUAGGAAACAUCAUCGGGGUGGUGCUUUCUCUGACGAUUCAGCUUUUGGGGAAGCAGGUCCAUCGUCGAAACCAGACGACGCUGACGACGAGAGACUUUCAUUCAUCUCUGACGAGACAAAAAGCAAAAAAGCUCGUUCAAGUGCCGGCGAGUCAUCACAUAUAGAGGAAUCUCCUAAGAGCCCAACUAGUAUCAUCCUCAAGCCGUUUUGUGACGAAGACAAUGAUUCUAUCACAUCUGACAUUGAGAAAAGAAACCCUUUGAAGUUGCUUUCGGCUGACGUUGAACCAGGGGAGCUUCUUGACCUUGAUGAAGACGACAUCAUCGCUGAUGAUGAUGCAGAGGAUUUAGGAGAGGAGGAAGGAGCCGAAGACGAGGACGACGACGAGGAAGAAGAAGACGAGGAACAGGAGAUUUAUAAGUGUGACUCUUGCAACUCAGCUUUCUUGAGCAUCACUGACUUCAUGGACCAUCGCAAUUAUGACUGUGAAACAGAUAUUGGAAUUGGGGCCAAGUUGUAUGUUUCAGGUUCAGAUGAAGGAAAUUCAUCAAGUGAACCCUUAGACCUGGAUUCUCCGUAUGCUAUGGAACAGGGAUCUGUUGACAGCAGUCUACCGUAUCAAUGCCAGUUCUGCGAUAGGGCCUUCCACCGACUCACCUACCUCAAGAGGCAUGAGCAAGUCCACAGCGACAAGAUGCCCUUUAAGUGCCCCUACUGCAGUCGCCUCUUCAAGCACAAGCGCAGCCGUGAUCGCCACGUCAAGUUGCACACUGGAGACAAGAAGUAUCUGUGUGACCAGUGCGACGCAUCAUUCUCGCGCAGUGAUCACUUGAAGAUUCAUCUGAAGACGCACUCGGCGGGGAAGCCAUUCCGUUGCGCCAUCUGCAACCGGGGUUACACCACGUCGGCGGCGCUGACUGCCCACACGCAAAACUUUCACAAGACGCUCAUGGCGAGCAAGGGAAACAGUUUUAAAUGCAUCCACUGUGUUGCCACGUUCACCACCUCGGAGAAUCUUCUCGAUCACCUUCAGACUCAUGAGUCUGACUUGCAGGACGGACAAAAUGCCCUUUACACAAUCGCGCACAGAAAUGGCUCUGAGACGUACACUGAGAAUCUCGGUGGGGAUGACAACAGAUGUCCCAUCUGUGAAGAGCAGCUCACCUCCAUGGAAGAGCUCCAGAAUCACUUAGAGAUUCACAAGAACUCAAUAAGCGCCCCUCUGCAGUGCCAGUUUUGCCCACGAGCGUUCUUCCCCAGUAUUACUGUGUUGAACGUUCACAUGAAAACUUUACACUCGGACAAGAUGUCUAAGAUGCAUCGUUGCCAGUACUGUGGUAAAGAGUACCCCACCUUAUUCAAUCUGACAGAGCACGUAUCGGCAAUGCAUGAGCCUCUUGCCAUACAUUCAAAUGGUUCUGAUCAGGCAACUCCCACUAGCACCAUGCUGUCCUGUGCCUACUGCACGAUGGAAUUCGGCACAGUUCAAGCCCUACACAGCCACGUGGACUGCGUUCAUUCCAUCCCAAAUGCAAUCACAUACGACGCUGACGGUCGUCUUCUCUGUCCCCGUUGCAGUAUGGGAUUCCUUACAGAACCAGCCCUUUAUGAACACUUUCAGAAUUACCAUGGUAACAUGGAUAACCAGUUGAGCGGUGAGCUGAGAGUCCAGUGCACUCAGUGCACCAAGGUUUACCCCAAUCAGGCCAUGCUCCAAGAGCACAUCAACCGUAGUCACAGCCAGGCCAUGGAUAGCAUGAAAUACCCUUGUCCCUACUGCUUUAAACAAAACCUCUUUGAUUCCAUUGAGCAGCUGCAACUUCAUGUAGAGGUCUUCCAUCAGAGUGAUCGAGCCCCUGUGUUCCUCUGUCCAGAAGAAGACUGCAAAGGACACUUUGACACUGCUGAAGCUCUCAGUGAUCACAUUCAAAACGACCACGAGACUGAGACUAAUCAACCGGGAAAGGAUGUAUCGGCAGCGACCAGUAAAUUAACCCACCAAACACGCAGCAAAAAAGAGAAAAGCAAAGAGAAAGGAAAACACAAAGAAAAGCGCAAGUCUAGUACAAAUAAGCAAACUGCGAGCACCUCUGUUCAACCAGCUCCAUCUGAGGAUCCUGUCGCCCCCUCAGUUGAUCCUCGACCUUCGAGCCAACACAGCAGUCAAGCUAGCUUCUCAUGCCCAACGUGUCAUAAUGAGUUCACCAACGAGGAACAGCUUGUGGUGCAUGUUCUGACCCACUACAAGACAAUUUCAGCCGAGUACAUCUGCAAAGAUUGUGGGAAGAGUUUUAAGAAGCCAGAUGAGUUGCAGAAGCACCUGUUUGAGAUCCACGCUCACCAUUUGUACAAAUGCUCCCUCUGCAAGGAGGUGUUUGACUCCAAGGUCUCCAUACAGGUUCAUUUUGCAGUGAAGCACAGUAACGAGUGUAAACUGUACAGCUGUAUGAAAUGCGGGGUGGUUUACCGCACAGAAGGGGACCUUCUGGUGCAUGUGAAAUUUGAACACCUGAAGAUAACUCAACCCUUCAAGUGUCUGUUUUGUAAUCAGUCAUUUGCCUCCGAUGUUGAGUUUCAGUGCCAUCUGACCUCUCACUCAGAGCAGUUUCGAUGUCCGUUCUGCAAUGCUCCUUACAACUCUCAAGAAACCCUUGAAGUGCAUUUGAGGGCAACUCAUGAUUAUCCAGGCUCCUCGCCACAUGUUCAAAAUCUUACCCCUAACAAAGACAUUUUUUCUGACAAGCCUUUCUUCAGUCCGUCUGACUCAGAUAACAGUGUGAAAGAGGCAGCCAACAUGAAAGAUGAGGAAGAGGGGUGCUUCAUCUGCAAGAUCUGUGAUGCCAAAUUCCCACUGAAGAUUCUCCUUGAGAAGCAUCACUUGAAAGAACAUGAUAUUAAGUCCCGCAGUGCUUCCGUGCAAUCCAAGAUGUCAGAUAAGAAUGCAGAGACCACUGAAGUACCUAGGAAGUACAAACAUCCUUGCGAGACUUGCUCACAGAGUUUUAAGACCAAGUAUGAGUUGAUGAAGCAUGCUAUUGAGCACACAGCAGAGUUUAAACUUCGCACAGACAGUACUUCUCCCGAUGGCGGCGCAAUGUCAAAUCAACCCACGUGGCACUGUAAGUGCUUCGUCUGCAAGCAGCCAAUCCAGAUGGAGACUGAGUUCCUGAGCCAUGCCCAGCAGCACAAUGAGGAGAUAGCUGGACCUGGUAACACCAUACGCUGUGUUGCCUGCUUGCAGAUACUGACGUCUAUGGUUGAGCUUCAGCUUCAUGCACGCUACCACACACAAGCUCCUCCGUCCACCGGGGUUCAUGAACUAUACCCAUGUUAUGUCUGUGGAAAGACCUUUGGAUCGAGAACAGAUGUGGUUCCGAAGCUGGAUGGAUGCAAUCACCCUUGCUUUAUGUGUCUCAACUGCAUCAAGGCUUCCCUGGAGUGUCAAUUCUUUGGUUCCUCCAUCAUUAAGAAACCUCAAAAUAACACCCACCGUUGUCCAAAAUGCACCGUGAAAUUUGAAACCCGCGAAGAACUUGACAUACACCUGCUGACUCAUGGGUCGGGAAAAACAUACCAGUGUAUUAAAUGUCAACAGAACUUCGCAACAGAGAUGGAGAUCCAGCUCCAUGUUACAACUCACGUACUCUCAGAAGGAGUGCACCUUGAGUGCAAACUCUGCAAAGACAUUUUUGAUUCCCCAGCAAAACUGCAGUGCCAUCUCAUCAACCACACCUUUACUGAGAAAGACUAUCGUUGCCCAAUCUGUAAAGCACUGUUCAGCUGCGCCCAGGAUAUUCAGGCGCACGCCAUUGAGCAUGGAAUGGAAGCAAGGCGUCACAAGUGCUCUCAGUGCAGCCAGACGUUCUUUUUCGCCGCUGAGCUCCAGAAUCAUGUCUUGUCUCAUCCAAGCCAGGAAGAUCUUGGCAUAUUCCGCUGUGAAGAAUGCCGUAGGGUCUUCUCCUCUAGUGCAAGUCUAGCUAACCAUGCACGCCUUCAUACCACAUCGGACAAAGGCUUUAAGUGCUCAAUCUGUAUGCAGAUGUUCUACUCCACCAUGGACUUACAGCAGCAUUAUUUCAGAAGCCACUCGGAGGCUGAACUUGGAUGUAAGAGAAAGUCAUUUAAGUGUGGCCAAUGUGAUGAGGUGUUUCCUUGCUUGAGCAAUCUUCAAGGUCACAUGAGGAUACACACAGACGGUCGUAAAUACACCUGCUCCAUUUGUAAAAAGGUCUUCUCGCUGAGUCGUAAUCUCACCAUCCACAUGCGGUCGCACAGCGGAGAGAAGCCCUACCAGUGUCCGAUGUGUGACAAACGCUUUGCUCGCAAGGAAAACAGGAAGGUACACCUGAAGUCCCACACUGGUAUCAAGCCCUUUAUGUGCCCCCACUGUGGGAAGAUGUUCUCGCGCAAGUGCCACGUCCGUGACCACAUGCGAACACACAGUGUGAUGGUGACUCGUGGAGCUCUCUUACAGUGUGAGCUCUGCCAGGAGAGUUUCACACUCGCCAAGAAUCUCCGUCGACACAUCCGGCGCAUCCACAAGGAGGAGGGAACCUCUCAGAGUAGUUCAGCUUCCCCGUUGAGCUCUGCCGAAUCGAUGACGGCAGAAGAGGACACCUCGCCAGACAUUGACGGCACAUCUGAGAGUGAUUCGGUCGGGGCUGAACCCGUUGUUAGCAGCAGUCAAGAUCCUCAAAGGACUGAAGAGAUGCAAGUACAAUAGACCUUCAUCGUCACACUUAAAGCCAUCUUUGUCUAAAUUACUGUGUACUUACUGAUGAGGACAGUUAACAUUCUUAAAACAUAAAAAGGAACCGGACUGUUUUUCUGUCCGGCCUCGUUUAAUUCACAUUCAUAUUGGUGGUUGGAAAACAAGAUGGCUACAACAAGAUAAAAUAUCAGAUGACUGAUUAACUGACUGAACUUUUAAUGAAAAGGUCAUGAAACUUGAAAGUUCAUCAUGUAGAUUUGUAAAUAACUGUUCCACACUGAUAAUUGAGAGAAUAUUCACUACCGCUUGAUCUAAGAAUAAUCCAUCAAUCUUCAAACGGCAGUUUAUGUCUUAUCUAUUCAAAAGAGCAUUUUGAAUCUUGAGCAUUUUGAAAUUGAGUACGGCCAUUUUGGUGCUGUUAUCAGCGCUGUUAUUCUUUGCAGUGAGUUUUAUUGAAUUUCUAUUUCAAAUGCACAAUCAGUGCAAGAUGCAACCCUCAUUGGAGGUGUCCGUUUCAACACAAACGAAAGUCCUAAGAAAAAAACUUGUAUCUCUGUCAUCAUUAUUAUUAUUAUUAUUAUUUUAUUUGACCUCAACAAAUACAA